CUUCCGCGGCGCUCUCCGCGCCGGAGCCGGAGGGGCCGCGCCGGCGCCUCGGGGGCCACCGGCAGCGCGUCCUCCGGCGGCGGCGGGCGGGCGGGCGAGCGAGAGCCGCCGGCAGCAUGCGGUGCCCCCCGCUCCUCCUCCUCCGCCUCCGCCGCCGCCUCCUGCCUGCACAGCCGCUGCUCUAGAGCCCGGCGCGGCGGGGCGAUGGGCAGCGCUGCCCGCUGAGGCGCGGCGGGGGGCCGUGCGAGGCGCGGGGAUGUGGCGGCGGGCGGCGGGCGGCGGGCGGAGCGGGGCGCGCCCCGCGGGGCCCGGCGGAGCGCCCGGCCCCGCGCCCCCGCGCAGCGCCCCGCCGGCGGCCGGCGGAGCGGGCCUGGCCGGGGCCGUCGUGCUGCUGGGGGUGAUCGUCGCCCUCCUGCCGAGCGCCCGGGCCGAGCCGGGUAUCAGGCAACAGCAUAUCAACGUUGCUCCUUCUACAGGAUCUUUUCCUAAUUGGAGAUCUAUACUAUCACCAACACGGCCUUCCACAGAAACGAAGACUUCCUCAGUAGCUGAUAUUUCCAUGGGACAGACUUUGGAGAAUGCAAACUUGCUUCAGAUGAUAAAAACAACACUGACUGGCACGCGUACCAGGACUUUGGAUCAAACUCAUCUGUCGGCCACCCUUUAUCAAGGCAGUGGAAGCAGUGCAUCCCAGGAACCCGCUGAAGUUUCAGCUGAGUCGCCUCUGAGGUCAUCAUCUCAAGAUGCAGAUGAAACAGCUGCUGUAUCAGGUUUGCCUCAACUUGUGUUAUCUGGAGUAUCUUCUGGUGCAAUACCUACAGUAGGAACUUCAGAAGCAAAACCACUAACAAGAAAAUCAUCUCCAGCUUCACCAGUGCCAGCUUCUUCCUUCUUUUCUCUAGGCACUGAAAACACACCUUUGCCAUCUGUGAUGGCUUUAAGCACACCAAUACUGACACUAACAAAAAAUAACACUGCCACAAACUUGACAUCGGAUCUAAGCUCAGUAGGAACACGUACAGAUUUCCCUUUUGCAACAAGAAACACAACUGCAUCACCCCUGGACAUGACAGCUAUGCCCAUAACCCCUAAAAGCAGCACGGUCACAGCUUCCACACUUGCACCCACAGCACAUGUACCAAGGCAGAUAGAAACAACAGUAACUGACACCCAGAAGUUCCCAAGCUCAGAAAUCACCAAAACGUCAACCCCGUAUCCACUGACAAUUACAGCAGCUUUGACAUCUAUUACAGCAUCAGCGAAAACAACUAGGCUUCCCCCUACUCCAGUGGAAAACAUCUCUGCUCCUCCCGAAACCACAGCAGCAGCCGCUUUCGCUAACAUGACAGCAGCUCCUCCCCUGGAUUGCCGGCUCUCCAGGAACCUUAUGGUUAAAACAGUUCUGUUUCUGAACACAAGGAGGAUGCUGAUCAGCAAUCCCUUCAAGGAGAGUGUGAGAAAAGGGCUCAACCAAGUGCUGAGACAAGCGUUCAACCAAAACGUCAGUGCUCAGGUUGAAAUCCUGGAGCAAUCGAAUAACGUAACAGUCGGUUACUACGUUACACGGGGCAGACUGGUUUUUAUGCCAGCUGCUGUAAUUGAAAGGCUUCUCGCGUACGGCAUUAGCAACGCCACAGCGGACAUAAAGCAGCACGUCCCACAUCUCCAGUCGGUGGCGGCCCUGGCCGUGCCGUGGAAGCCCCUUCCCGCGUACCACUUCCAGCUGAAAACAGAGCUGCAGUUUGUGGGUCAAACAGACAAUAUCCAGUCAUGCAAGUUUGUUCAGACCAUGGAGCAACGGUUACAGAGAGCAUUUCAGGAUGCUGAAAGAAAGGUCUUAAACACCAGCAACAACUUAACAGUUCAGAUUUUGAACACCUCCAAUGUCUCCCAAGCUGUCACUCUGUUUUAUGUAGUGAACAAUCAAAGCACAACUCUAAAUGGCACUAUUUCCAGCAACCUUCUUAAUCAGCUGUCAGCUGAGCUGGUGGGUUUCUACCUAACCUACCCACCUCUUACCAUUGCAGAAUCUUUGGAGUAUCCAAACCUUGAUGUCUCAGAGUCAACUAGAGACUACUGGGUGAUAACAGUUAUUCAAGGGGUUGAUAUUGCAUUACUGGGACUGAACAAUCAGAGCUUUGCAAGAUUAAUGGAGCAGCGUUUGGCUCCGCUGUUUAUGAUGUCCCACCAGCAAGGAAGACGAUUCAAACGUGCCACUACUGUGGGCAGCUACACUGUGCAGAUGGUAAAAAUCCAACGUAUUCCAGGACCCAAGGAGCCAGCUGAACUGACAUACUAUACUUUAUACAACGGGAAACCUUUGCUGGGCACUGCAGCUGCCAAAAUUUUGAGUACUGUUGACUCCCAGCGGAUGGCCCUGACACUAGGUUAUGUUAUUCAAGUUCAAGCUGAUCCUGUGGUGAAGAACCCCCCAAACAACCUGUGGAUCAUUGCAGCGGUGCUGGCUCCCAUUGCUGUGGUUACAGUUAUCAUCAUCAUCAUCACAGCGGUUCUGUGCAGAAAGAACAAGAACGACUUCAAACCAGACACCAUGAUGAACCUGCCUCAGAGAGCUAAACCAGUACAAGGCUUUGACUAUGCCAAGCAACACUUAGGUCAGCAAGGAGCUGAAGAUGAGGUUUUACCUGUAACUCAGGAGACUGUUGUACUUCCACUUCCAGUUAGAGAUGCUCCCGCCUCCCAGGAGAGAGAAAUUACUCAGGAUGGGAGCACCAUCAAAACUGCCAAAUCCAAUGAAACAAGGAAAAGCCGGUCCCCGAGUCAGAACGGCUCCAUCAUCAGCAACGGGUCGGGAAAGCCCAGCUCCGGCCGGAGCUCCCUCCAGAAAGUAAUGGCACCGCAAAAAGUGACAAAAGACGAAGGAAGGAAAAGAACCGUGCCUGUAAGUGAUGAAGAAGAAGGAGGCAUUCUCUUUGAUAACAUUGCCAAAUCUGCCAUUGACCCCUUCGACACCUCUUCUGGAUCGGUACAGCUGAUAGCUAUCAAACCCGUGGCACUACCUGCUGUUCAUGCUGCAUCAGAUAGGAGCCAGGAAUCUGCCAUCAUUAAUGGAGAGAUGAACAAGGCUUUGAAGCAGAAGUCCGAUAUAGAACAUUACCGCAACAAACUGCGCUUGAAAGCCAAGAGGAAGGGGUACUAUGAUUUCCCUCAGGUUGAUAACAACAAGGGGCUGACAGAGAGAAAAAGGAUGUAUGAGAAAAACCAGAAAGAACUUGACCACAUUUUGGAUCCAGAUGCAGAUGUCUCGUCUCCGUUUGCUGAGCCUAAGAACAGGCAACCGAUGAAGAACUCGGUAUACAGAAGCAGGCAGUCUUUGAACAGUCCUAGCCCAGGAGAAACUGAGAUGGAUCUUCUAGUGACUCGAGAAAGACCUAGACGUGGAAUCCGUAACAGUGGAUAUGACACUGAGCCUGAAAUUAUAGAAGAAACAAAUGUUGACCGCGUCAACGAGCCUCGGAGUUACGCCAGGUCCCGUCAGGCCAAAGGCCACUCGGAGACCUCAACCUUAAGUUCUCAGCCCUCUAUUGAUGAGGUUCGACAGCAGAUGCAUAUGCUCUUGGAAGAGGCUUUCAGCCUGGCCUCUGCGGGCCACGGAGGACAGAGCAGGCAGGAGGCAUACAGCUCAGCACCGCACUUGCCCUACUCGGAGGUUGUGACCAGUGCUCCUGGUACCAUGACCCGACCUAGAGGGGGGGUACAGUGGGUACCCACAUACAGACCAGAAAUGUAUCAGUACAGUUUACCAAGACCAGCUUACAGAUUUUCUCAGCUUCCUGAGAUGGUAAUGGGUUCUCCUCCUCCUCCUGUCCCUCCCAGAACAGGUCCUGUGGCUGUUGCCUCUCUCCGGAGGUCUACAUCAGAUAUUGGCAGCAAAGUGAGAAUACCUGAGUCCAGUGGGGCAGAUCAGGCCCAGCAUCAUGAUCAGGCAUCUUUUGCACCUGGUUCAAGAGCUCCGAUGUCUGUUGGUCCACUUGAUCAAUCAGCUUUUCACUCAGGAAGUACAGUACCAGCAGUGUUUGCCAUACCAGCAGCAAACCGACCUGGCUUCACAGGCUAUUUUAUCCCAACACCACCUACUGCAUACAGGAACCAAGCCUGGAUGCCCUAUGCUGGAGAGAAUGAAUUACCAGGGCAAUGGGCAGACUCAGUACCACUACCUGGAUACAUCGAGGCUUAUCCACGGCCCCGCUACCAACAUAAUUCUCCUUCACGACUUCCUCGCCAAUACAGCCAGCAAGCAAGCAUGCAUCCCAGCCUGGAACAAGCUCCUUUGCCGUCCACCGCAGCUUCUCAGCAGAGCCUGACGGAAAAUGACCCAUCUGAUGCUCCGCUCACCAACAUUUCUACAGCUGCCCUCGUAAAGGCAAUAAGGGAAGAAGUUGCUAAACUGGCCAAGAAGCAAACAGAUAUGUUUGAGUUCCAGGUCUAAUAUCUUUUGUGCACAGUAUUUGUAUCAUGCAACCUGGGGUAGCCAAGAAGGUGACUCCUUUAAUUUUCAGUUACAAACUUGCUGUGAAUUGUGCCAAAGUGAUGGCAUUUUUCUCUGUCUGAAAAGUCAACGCUAUGAAAUGACUUAAAGUAGAGCAACAGGUCUCUGAAGAUACAUAAUUCUGCUUGCCAGCUAAGGAAACGCUGCCAGGUAAAUGUUUAAUAUGGAUAAGACUGAUCAUACGCAACUGUCACUUAGCUCUCGUGUUAUGACCCAUUGUCACUAGAGAUGCUGCUGAACAUGUCUGUGCCACACGAUGUUUCAUUUGCGGGUCCAAAGGCAGAGCUGCUGAAAAUAACUUCUGCAUGUCAAAACUUUGAUUAAGGAAGAAAAUACAGUAGAACACAGUUAGCUAAAGGCCACGGUAGGUGUGGUGGUGGCCAUGUUAAUUGUUUGCUGCAGGACAUUGUAUAAGGGAUGCUGAUUUCAGCAAUGCGGAGUCAUUCAGCCUUUUCAUUCUAGAGACUGUAUUCAAACCAAAAGAAUUUGAGAUGAGUAAGUAAUGCAAAUAAAUGUCCUGUAAAUAGCCCCAAUUCUCCUCAUCCUAUUAACAGUACAAAGAAGUGAAAGAAGAGAAGACUGUGAAGAAGGUGAAUGAUAUUUUGAUAAUUGGUGGCUGCCUUGUCCCUCAAUGCCACUGAUGAGUUAUAGAGGAGAUUUUUUUUGGUGUGAGAGAAUACAAUGCACGAAGAGCCAACAAAGGGUAUUGGUGCUAGAAGCUUCCAGGAGAAAUGAAAAAAGGUUAUUCGUGUUUGCUCUAUAUUCAGGCUUUUCGCUCUGAAUGCAUGUGAAGCUGGUGAACCUGAGACCUCUGAGCAAGUCUUUCCAACCUGGAAUAAUGAAUACACCUGCUUGGACAAGAAAACCUCUGUUUAACACAGUGCUUUUUUCUCUUUCUUAAACAAUGAUACCUACUAAAGUGAUGCCAGAAAGUGCUACCUGAAGCUGCAGUUGAUUUUGAUUACACUGGAACGGUGAAUGCAAACCUAGGAAGUUCUGAAUGUAGAGGACCUGAGUAUUAUAUUAACAUGUAAAUAAGUAAACAAUUACAUGGAUUAACAAAAAUACUAAUGUUCUGUGAAAAAGAGAGCAUUUCCAGAAAUUAUGCUGACUUUUCUUUGUGCGAGAUAAAGGUCACUAAUUGUUAAACUACAUUGUUGUAUGAAUCCAAUCCCAAAAGAAAAACAAACCAGUUCAAUGGGACAGUAGUUCAUCUUUUGCAGUUGUACAGACUAGUCAGAGAUCAUGAACAAUUGUUUUCUGUUCCUUCAGCAAUUAGCUUCGGGAACUGAAGUUGUUGCAAAAUUUGUUGUGUUGGGCAUGUUCGAUGGACUGGAGUUAAAGGUAAUGUCCUUCAUUUCAGUAAGCUGUUUAGUUAUCCUCAAUUGCUUAUGCUGUUUUGUCUGAUCAUUUCAUUUCCCCGAGUUUCUUUGGUCUUUACUGAGGUGAGAAAGGGAACUUGGUUUAGCUUUUUGGCCAUCAGUAAAAUGAGAGGAGGAGAGAGGAGACUAGAAUAGGGGAUAGAAGAAGAAAUUGAUGAAGCACAAACUUUGAAAGCAGAGCUAUUUUUUCCCCAAAUAAUUAUAUUAUAAACCCUGACUGAGAUUGUGAUAGUUAGCCUAGAAUAUACAGAUAUCUUCUGCUCCAAUACCUUAAAUAUUGCAGAAGCUUUUGGAAUGCUAGCUAAUCUUUCAACAAAUGUGAAAUUUCAUUUUUAUUAUUUAAAAAUCAGAUAUAAAUAAAAUGUAUUUUUGUAAUUUCUAUGUAUAUAUGUGCUGUAUAUUUAUACAAGUGACUAGUCUGCUGUAGUCAGAAAAUUUCCAUAAACCAAGUGCAAAAAAGAAAAAGAAAAAAAAAACCUAGUAAUUUUAAUGAUCAAUAUAAACACACUAUGUCUGGAGGACACAAAUAUACAUUUGGGUGACUUGGACACCAAACAACCAAAGAAACUCAAUCUUUCAUAUAAAUAUAAGUCUAGUAAAGACAGACUGCUGUCUCAGUUACCUGUCAGCUAAAUAAUACUGAUCUUAUCAGUGCAAUACAAUACAUCCAAAUUGUGUUGAAUUAAUAGCUGCCUAAGAAUAUCACACUUUAAAAUAACAACUUAAAAAUACUGGGCCAAACCCAGCAUGCCAUAAAAAGACUAGUUCUGGUUGGCUUCAGUGGGAACAUCACUCACUGAGAGCAAGGCUGAGUUUCUCUAUUAGGAUUCGUCUAUUCGUGCAAGCUUCACAAGAAUCCCUUAAACAAUAUUCUGCUUAUUUUUCAGUCAUUUAAAUCACUGUAGCAUAAGUGCAGACACAGUUGAAGAGUGGCUUACGUUUAUUUAGCCUAAGAUGGUUCAUAACUAGCUUAACCUAGCUUGGUAAGUGAAAUCUACACUAAAUCGUGUCAACCACAUUUUGCAUCAGCUUUAUUACCUCAGUUUUUGAAUGAUUCUUCUAUUUAGCCCAGUGAAAUUUUGGAAGUAGGUAGGCCCUUCUAUGCAAUGGGAGUGAAAUGUGCUGUGAAAUAAAUUUCUGUAUCUUAGACUCCAGUCUUGCAGAGUUAUCCUAAAGCUGCAGGUAUGGAAGCAGCAGCAAUCACAUGGAUGGGAGUGUGAAGCCACAUAGCUGGGAAGGGUAAUGUUACGACAUGUUCCCAAAAGAGUCACGGGAGGUAGGACAUACCAGAUUUAAACAGCAUCUUUGGGACACUUAGCUCUUUUUGUAAAUCUGUACCUGUUCUUAAAUUUAGGCAAUUUAGUAGUUCUAUUGAAAAAUGUGUGAGGGUAAAGCCUCAUAUAUCUUACAUGAUGAAGCAUAUAUCUUGCCAUACUGGAAAUUUAGAAGUUUGGAAAUUAUGUAGAUGUACAGGGUUUGAAUGCCUACAUGCAAGCAAAAUGAACAAAUAGAAAAAUCCCCAAUAAAAACAUUUAAAUAGCCUUCUAGAAAGAAAAAAACAUUUCAGUAAAGUUAAACAAAGUACUCUUCGUACUGCUGAGGAAGACCUGUUAGUCUUUCAAAAUUAAUUUUGUUUGGUAUUGUAUCAAUGACGUGCAGUCUAUUGAAUAUUCCCUGAACCAUCACUCUGAAACCAUUGUGGUGCACUUUAUUCACAAAGACAUCUUACAUUCUUCAUUCAUAAUGGCUUUUUAUCCUGUUUGUAAUAUGUUUCUGUAUUAUUUUUUUUUAAGUACAAAGUAAGAUAUCAAGACACUAAGGACAUUCCUGGGAAAGAAAAAUCAUGCUGUAAUAUUUAUACUGUCUGAGCACAAAGCAAUGAUAAAGUGAAAAUAUAGUGUACAAAUAAUUUGUAAUAUAAUAAACAUUUUGUAUGACUACAA